GUAGGACCUGUGAGAGUUUUCACCGGCGACACUGAAGAUUUCCGUGAGUACCGCCGUUGGAAGACCUGGUGCCUCAACAAGAUGUUGACCAUGGACAAAUUGUCUGAAGACCUGGCUGAAGAGCUAGACUUCGAAGAUGUUGAAGAGUUCUUGACGGACCAUACGGGUCGUGAUCUUCCCCAAGGUGAAGAUGAAGGGUAUCCUGAGCAGGAGGUGGCGGAGGUCCUCGCAGCAUCCUGGCGUGAGAAGCGUCAAGAGUUGAACAAGCUUCAAAGGACAAGACAGUUCCAAAAGGCCAAAGAUGUGCGCCGCUCAUUUAGAGUUGAGAUUGAGGAACUGAAGAAACAGACUACCUGCAAUAAGUGUGGGAAGCGUGGACAUUGGGCAAGAGAGUGUCGCAGUGGCAACAAGGGUUCGGGUAAAGGCAGUGCACCAUCUGGAUCUACAUCCACUUCUGGUGUUGCUAUGGUAGAAUCUGAACUCGACUUUGUGGCGAUGGCCUCGGAACGCCCAUCCAUGCUGGAACGUCUGCAGCUCAAAAGGGUUCAGGAGGCCACGGCAUGCCCACCUUUCGAAAUCAUGUUGAUUUCCAGCCCCGGUUUUGGCGUGUUGGAUAGCGGAUGUGGCCGGACCAUCAUUGGCAAAGCGACCCUCCUGGAAUUUGAGCGUCUGUGGAAACAACAGGGUGUGGUGAUUCCUCAGCCAGUAUCUGAGGUGCAUCAGUUCCGAUUUGGAAAUGGCCACGUGGAAACUUCCACGGAAUCGGUUUGCAUCCCAGUGUGGCUCGCUGGCAAGCGCGGUUCAAUCCGUGCUGCUAUAGUGAGCGGUUCAGCUCCGCUCCUGAUCAGUCGCACAGCAUUGAAAGCUCUACAAGCCUCCAUCGAUUUUCACAACGAUGAGCUGCGGGUAUUUAAUGAGGUUGUCAUUCCAUUGAAGACAAAUGCAGCUGGUCAAUAUGUGAUCCAGUUGAUGCAGGACAGCUCACCAUCGCAAGUCAAAGCACCACUGUUCGAAGAGGUUAUGCUGACUGAGCUUCCACCAUUGCCGGCUUUGCAUGCAUCCGAUCCUAGGAAGCCUCCGUGUAAUAGUCCAAGUGAAGACCAAGAGCCGACCGAGUCCGAAGAUGCCUCAGCAGCCAAUGCUGACCAUAGGUCCAGUGCCUCGUACUCGAAGCCAUUUGUCGAGGGACCAUCCACUGAUGCCGCCGCCAUGCGAUGCUGGGUGCAGGAGGACAGUGGGGUUUCUAAGAUUCCAUGGGUGUCAUCCUGUGGACCGUCUUGGCAUACGAUUCACAAACGUGUUGUUCUGGACGCCGUCACUAAGAGAGUGCUAGCAUCACAUGAGUUUCAAGAUCGGCAAAGCCAGAGGAUGAGUAUUGUUCCUCUUCCUCCUCAUUCGGGACAUGUGAUCACCAAGUUCUUCCACACUGAUCCCAGAGUGGCAUCUGAGACGACUCCUGGGGAAGGGGAUUGUGUGUGGGUUCCAUCAGCUCACCAGUUUCGACAGUUGAACAAGCAAAUCGAAGUGUGUCACGAAACUUUGGUUAGCCAAACAGAACCGGUCAUUGUCCAAGAGGUGUUUUCACCUCCACGCUUUGCCCUGGAAGUUAAGGCUCAUGGUCUGAAGGCCUUCUCGUAUGAUCUUAAGAAUGGAUUCGAUCUCUCAACCCGAUCCGACAGGAGUCGAGUGGAAGAAGCACUGGAGAAACAUCCACCGGAGCUGCUCGUUCUGUGCCCACCUUGCACAGAUGAAGGGGGAUGGUUUUUCUUGAACAGCUCUAAGUGGGAUCGACUGCAGUAUCUAAAAAGAGUUGCCCAGAGUCGUAGUUUCAUCAAAUGGUGUUGCAAACUGUUUCAUCAACAGGUAAAUCGAGGCAAACGAGCUUUGUUUGAGCAUCCAACCGGAGCCAAGACCUGGUCGUAUCCUGAAGUCCAGUCUCUCUGUCGCAAGCACUAUACGGUGAAACUUCACAUGUGCAGGUACGGGAUGCAGUUGCCCGGGAGUGAGAGAUUCAUUAGGAAGAGCACCCGUCUGCUGGUCAGUCAUGAAGACAUGCAGGUCCUGUCUAAGCUGUGUGAAGGGGUAGGUAAACAUGAAGCCCAUGAUGUAGUAGCUGGACGUUGGCCAGGUGUCUCGUCAGUCAGCCAAUAUGCAGGACAAUACCCCCGACCUUUUGUGAAAGCCGUCCUCCACACAGUACCUGCAUUUCGAGACCGGACCAGCCAGAACGAAGUCCUGGAAGUCAUCGAAGAUGAUCUGUCUGCCAGUGCAUGGAAUGAAGUGAAUGCUGUCGCUCGCGUUUCCGUCCGAACCGAUGAAGAGCUCAAGCCAGUACUCAUGAAGCUUCACAAAAACUUAGGACAUCCACCAAAUCAUGACCUGGUUCGGGUGUUGAAACACGGACAAGCUAGUGAACAAGCCCUGAAACUGGCCAAGGAUUUCUCGUGUGACUUCUGUAAGAGUCAGAGUCGACCAUCCGUUCCAUUGCCAGCGCAGUCCCGUCGCAUUACCGAAGUCAAUCACCAAGUAGGACUAGAUGUGAAACUGCUUCAGGGGUGGCGAGUCAAUCAGAAGAUCAAAGCUCUUAAUCUAGUGGACUAUGCUAGCGGAUUUCAGCGAAUGAUUCCGUUCUUUGAACCUGAGACCUCAAGUGUGAUUCGACAACU